AUGAUUGAAAGAGCGAACGCUCGACAGUGCAAAAUGAUCUUCUUCCCAGAGUGUUUUGAUUUUAUUGGUAGAACGAAAGAGGAGAAUAUCACUAUGGCGACGGAAGAAAACGGGCCAAUAAUGGAUCGGUUCAGAUCUCUAGCAAAAACGAGUGGUUUGUGGAUCUCUCUGGGAGGUUUACACAAUAAGGAUGCUUCCGAACCACGUCUUCCAUGGAACUCUCAUAUUGUUAUUGAUAAUGAGGGGAAAACGAAAGCCCUUUAUAACAAACUGCAUCUUUUCGAUCUUGAAAUUCCUGGAAAAGUCAGGUUAUUGGAAAGCGAAUUCAGCAAAAGCGGCAAGCAGAUGGUCCAGCCGAUUGACACACCAAUUGGACGAUUAGGUCUUUCUAUUUGCUACGACCUGCGGUUUCCAGAGCUUUCACUUUGGAAUAGGCAAAAAGGUGCUGAAAUUCUUACUUUCCCUUCUGCUUUCACCGUCAAUACCGGAUAUGCUCAUUGGGAGUCACUGCUACGAGCCCGUGCUAUAGAAACUCAAUGUUAUGUGGUAGCGGCUGCCCAAACAGGAAAGCACAAUGAAAAGCGAUCUUCCUACGGACAUUCUAUGGUUGUCGAUCCAUGGGGAGCUAUCGUUGCUCAGUGUUCGGAGCGAGUGGAUAUGUGUUUUGCUGAAAUCGACAUUUCUUACGUCUCCGAGUUACGCAAAAUGCAACCUGUGUUUGCCCAUAGGCGAUGUGACCUCUACACUUUGCAUGUAAACGAAAUCGAUAAUGACAAUGCCCCGAUGAAGUUUUCUGAACAUCCUAUUGCUGCAGAGACGAUUUUCUAUAGAUCUGCUCUUUCUUUUGCAUUUGUCAACCUCAAGCCGGUGCUGAAUGGACAUGUACUGGUAUGUCCGAAACGCAUUUGCCAUCACCUCACGGAUCUGACAGAUGCUGAAACGGCCGAUUUGUUUAUAGUUGCGAAGAAAGUACAGCGAAUGUUGGAGAAGGCAAGUUCACCUUUUGAAAGUGAUGCUGAUAAAUUAUAA